AUGUUUCUGACCCUCUCCUUGCAGGUAGUUGUAGGUUGGUGACGAAUGAAGAGGACGGCUUCCGACGAUGAGGAUGGGGGUGCCAAGAAGGCCCCCAGGUUGUCACCAGGGCCGAGUAGGCAGGGCCCCAGUUACUCGAUCGAGACGGAUCCUUCGGAGGAUUCCCCGGAGGAUAGCUACGAUACGGAUCCGUCGGAGGACCCAUCUACGACUCCUCCAGAGACCCCGAACCCUGGAGCAGAGGAUCCCGUGGAGGAUGGCUACGAUACAGAUAUCUCGGAGGAUUUGGCGAUGACCCCUCCGGAGCUUCUUACCUCCGAGGAGGAGGAUAGUCAUGAGGCAGGCCCGUCGGAGCAUUCUUCUGGGAUGACGCAGGAGGAGAUUUUCAAGUAUGCACCAGCUCUUAUUAUUAGGGAGAACCUUGAUAGCCCGGCCACCUCGGAGAGUGCUAUGGAUUUCUCCUGUUCUUGGCCUGGGUCACCAGUGGGCCAGGAUUUGUUUGAUCGUCCAUACCCCUCCGAUUCAGAUGCGGGUGAUAAUGGAAACCGGGUAGGUAGGGAGCAGACAGGCGUGGAUGAUAGUGGGCAUACCUCUCACGGCAGCUCCCCAGGUACAGACGCGCCAGGUGACACGCCGCCAGUGUAGGUUCUGACUCUGCCAUUCGAAGAGCUCCUUUGACUCGGAGCAUAUCUUUUGGUAUAUAUUUUCUGUCUUCUGUGUACUCCGUAUGUAUGUAUAUUCUGGGUACGGCGGGGCCCUGUCCCGUCAUAUGAUUCUGUAUGUCUGUAGAGGCCUGUAGAUGGAUA